AUGUCCUUCAUCAAGAGGAACGAAAAUGUCACAGAUGAGGAUUUCAGGAAGAACUGGGAAAAGGAACACUCGCAAAAAAUGCUGCCCUUACUGAAAAAAUACGGCGCCUUAUACUACUCUCAAACCUACAUAAGCCACGAUGGUCAACGUGCGAUCAGUCAAUCUUUAUUCGAGGACAAGUCUAGGACCCUCGAUUACGAUGGAAUCGCCACUAUCGUUUUCCCAUCACUUCAAGCCGCUGAAGACUUCAGUAAGGAUACGGAACACUCGAAAACCGUCAAAGAUGAUCCCAAAGUCUGGAUUCAAGCAGGCGCUGCCCGUAUCAUGGCAGGAGAAGAGGUCGUGUUCUUGAAUCAAAUCUCUAGCAAGUAG